GAGUUGCCCUAUGCUGUUCGGAAGACCUACUACGCGCGAGCUGGUCGGAUCGUGAAAGCCCCGGGUGUGGAUGCAGCUGUCGUCAGCAAGUAUGAUCUCAUGAAGGGAGAUCAGGAGAGGUUCGACUUCAUGAAGCAGGUGCUCUUGGACCCGACCCUUGGUUCCGUGAAGGUGGAAGAGCACUAUCGGAGUCAACAGCGAAACUCGAAGAAGGACAAGUAUCGCUAC